AUGGGUGACGCUGGCCAGCGGUUGGAGUCGCUUCUCCAGCACUUGACUCUCCCUGAGACGAUCUCUCUACUCUCUGGGAAAGAUGCCUGGCAUACGGCGUCUAUUCCUCAUCGAGGCAUUCCAUCCAUCCGGCUCUCAGAUGGUCCGAGUGGAGUACGAGGGCGCCGCACCUUCCAAGCUACAUCAACGACAUGUUUUCCUUGUCCAAUUGCACUAGCUGCAACAUGGGACGUCAAUCUAGUAAAAGAGAUUGGAACGCAGAUGGCAGGACAAGCGAAAGCACAAGGUGUCCACGCGAUUCUGACUCCCACAAUCAACAUCCAACGCUCUCCGCUUGGAGGGAGAAACUUCGAGUCAUUUUCUGAGGAUCCAGUGCUCAGUGGCUCUCUGGCCUCGAGCCUUGUCAGUGGCAUUCAGCAUGAAGGAAUAGCAACCACAGUGAAGCACUUCGUGUGCAAUGAUCAAGAAACCCAGCGCACCAAAAUUGAUGUCAUAGUUGAGGAAAGAGCGUUAAGAGAGAUCUACCUGAAGCCAUUUCAGAUAGUAGUGAGGAAUGCUCAGCCUUGGGCUAUCAUGGCGUCAUACAAUCGUGUGAAUGGUCUCCAUGUCAGCGAAAAUCCUCGUCUCCUUGACCAAGUCCUCAGAAAAGAAUGGGGCUGGGAUGGAGCUAUUAUGUCGGAUUGGUUUGCAACCUAUUCGACUAGCGAGGCUUUAAAUGCCGGCCUUGACCUCGAAAUGCCAGGUAAGACGGAAUGGCGCGGCAAGCUGGUCCUGAGAUCGCUGCAUGCUGGCAAGAUUGAAGCCCCCGUCCUUCUGGAAAGAGCACGAAAUGUACUCAAUCUCGUCGACAAAACUCGUGCAUCAGGUGUUCCCGAGGACGCUGAAGAACGUGAGAACAACACUCCCGAAGUCCAAGAAGCGAACCGAAAAGCUGCGACGGAAUCCGUCGUUUUGCUGAAGAAUGCCGCACAGCUCCUCCCAAUCAAGACACCAGGUCGUGUGGCGGUUAUUGGACCCAAUGCCACUGAAGAUCUGUACUGUGGAGGUGGAAGCUCGACAGUAUUCCCUUACUACUAUGUCUCUGCAUAUGACGGCAUCAAACAAGCCCUAGCGGAGCAUAGUCCGUCUAGUGAGCUGGCAUUUUCGCAAGGUUGCUACAAGCACGCACUGCUUCCACUUUUGUGCACAGAAUCUGCUUCUGGACAGAAGGGACUGGAUCUGGAGUUCUUCGACCGAGACUUUUCUCAAGUCCAAGAUGCUCAGAAAGUGGCAGAAACCCAUUCACUCACGUGGAGGCUCGUGUUUCUCGACAGUCUACCAAAGGCAGCUCUUCCUUUAGUACAUGGUCGCUUGAGAGGAACGUACACGGCACCAAACGAUGGCGAUUUCGAGUUUGGUGUUGUCACAACAGGCAAAGCAAAGGUCUACAUCGAUGGAGUACUUCUUCUGGACAAUUGGACCAAACAAGAAAGAGGCCCUCACUUAUUUGGCCUCGGCACUAAAGAAGUUCGUGGGGUGAUGAAGUUGACAGCAGGCCGCCAGUACGAGAUCCUGACAGAGUACUCGAAUAUCAGCAACCUUCCUGACAGAUCCGGCACCGAUCUAGGUGGCGGCAUUUUGCGAUUAGGGGUGUGCCGGGUCGUCAGCCCCGAGGCCCUUCUAAACGACGCCCUUGAAGCUGCAGCCUUAGCUGAUACUGUGAUUUGUUGCGUCGGAACAGAUCAGGAACAUGAAAGUGAAGGCUGGGAUCGAAAGGAUAUGAAACUUCCCGGCACACAAGAUCAGCUUGUCGAAGCAGUGUUGAAGGCGAACCCCCGGACCGUCAUUGUGAACAUCUCUGGCAGUCCAGUGGAGAUGCCAUGGAUUGAUGAAGCUUCGACUGUCGUUCACGGAUGGUUUAUGGGCAGUGAGCUGGGCAAUGCCUUGGCAGAUGUUCUCUUUGGCAGAGUUUCUCCUAGUGGCAAGCUCCCCAUAACUUUCCCACGUCGGCUGGAGCAAAACCCAUCAUAUGGCAACUUUCCAGGAGAAAACGGCCGGGUGAGGUAUGCUGAAGGCAUUUUGGUUGGGUAUAGGCACUACACAACCCGACAUGUCCCUUCUCUAUUUCCUUUCGGCCACGGUCUGUCAUUCACGGAAUUCCAGUACGGCGAACUCUCGUUGGAGGGUGAUAACUUACUGCAUCCGGAGGGCGUCGUGUCGGUGUCUCUGGUGAUCAAGAACAUUGGAAGCUACACGGCACACGAGACCGUGCAACUCUAUGUGUCCUCCUUGAACAGCUCGGUGUUUCGCCCGCUCCUGGAGUUGCAGGCCUUUGAGAAGGUUCGAGACGUACAGCCGGGAGAAAGCCGGAAGUUGACAUUCAAGAUCGACAAGUACGCGGUGGCAGGUUGGGACGAGAGACAGGAAAAAUGGAUGGCGGAAGCUGGCAAAUACCGCUUGUCUGUUGGGGCUUCCGUGGAGGACUUGAGGCUUGCCACUUUCAUCCAGGUGCCCACCACCUUCCACUGGUCAGGGCUAUAG